AUGAGCAUCGAGAUCCCGGCGGGACUGACGGAGCUGCUGCAGGGCUUCACCGUGGAGGUCCUGAGGCACCAGCCCGCGGACCUGCUGGAGUUCGCGCUGCAGCACUUCACGCGCCUGCAGGAGGAGAACGAGCGCAAAGGCGCCGCGCGCUUCGGCCAUGAAGGCAGGACCUGGGGGGACGCGGGCGCCGCCAGCGGGGGCGGCACCCCCAGCAAGGGGGUCAACUUCGCCGAGGAGCCCAGGCACAGCGAUUCGGAGAACGGCGAGGAGGAGGAAGAGGCCGCGGAUGCAGGGGCAUUCAACGCUCCAGUAAUAAACCGAUUUACAAGGCGUGCCUCAGUAUGUGCAGAAGCUUAUAACCCUGAUGAAGAAGAAGAUGAUGCUGAAUCCAGGAUUAUACAUCCCAAAACUGAUGAUCAGAGAAAUCGGUUGCAAGAGGCUUGCAAAGACAUCCUGCUAUUCAAGAACCUGGAUCCGGAGCAGAUGUCUCAAGUAUUAGAUGCCAUGUUUGAAAAAUUGGUUAAAGAAGGGGAACAUGUAAUUGAUCAAGGUGAUGAUGGCGACAACUUUUAUGUAAUUGAUAGAGGAACAUUUGAUAUUUAUGUGAAAUGCGAUGGUGUUGGACGGUGUGUUGGCAACUAUGACAAUCGUGGGAGUUUUGGCGAACUGGCCUUAAUGUACAACACACCCAGAGCAGCUACAAUCACUGCUACCUCUCCUGGUGCUCUGUGGGGUUUGGACAGGGUAACCUUCAGGAGGAUAAUUGUAAAAAAUAAUGCCAAAAAGAGAAAAAUGUAUGAAAGCUUUAUCGAGUCACUGCCAUUCCUUAAAUCUUUGGAAGUUUCUGAACGCCUGAAAGUGGUAGAUGUGAUAGGCACCAAAGUAUACAACGAUGGAGAACAAAUCAUUGCUCAGGGAGACUUGGCUGAUUCUUUUUUCAUUGUAGAAUCUGGAGAAGUGAAAAUUACUAUGAAAAGGAAGGGUAAGUCAGAGGUGGAGGAGAACGGUGCAGUUGAAAUCGCUCGGUGCUCUCGAGGGCAGUACUUCGGCGAAUUGGCUCUGGUAACAAACAAGCCCCGAGCAGCUUCGGCACACGCCAUCGGGACCGUCAAAUGUUUAGCCAUGGAUGUGCAAGCGUUUGAAAGGCUUUUGGGACCUUGCAUGGAAAUUAUGAAAAGGAACAUCGCUACCUAUGAAGAGCAAUUGGUUGCCCUGUUUGGAACAAACAUGGAUAUUGUUGAACCCACUGCAUGA